AUGAAAGAUCCCUAUAAUACCGAGUUUACACUGAACCCAGACGGACGGGUCGCAAUAAAGGUCUACACAGAACUACCUCUCAAAGAGUUUACAGCGAAUACCACGAUAGUUGAUGUGGUCACAAUGGACGAGGUGAUGACGAUAAAUGAUUCGAUUCUGAUAAUGAGCGGGAGACCCAAACCCAAAUCAGGUGAAGGGCCCAUCCUCCAUCAUCAGAGAGUCGAGAGGGUCGGCGAAAUGGAUUUUUACACGUUUAGUGAGCGCAUACCGAAGGUGCGUCUGCGAGGGAUGGAGGAAGAGCGGAAUAUGUCAGAGUAUUUGCAACAACAUGGAUACGGAAAGAAGCGUAGAUUCAUCGCGUCGAGCGGUUGUGCAUAUACAUGGGUUGAUUUUAGGCUAAAACUGGAUGACAAGAAGGAAGUAGGGAGAUUCUAUCCUCGAAAAUCCAGGGGGUUGUUUGGUCCAAAACGACCAGCUUAUCUUGAGCUUGAACGAGAUCGAAUAGUGGACAUUGGCGAGAUUGGUUUUACGCUGGUCUGUAUGUUGCACGAAGCAGACAAACACGCACAUGUACAUGUGUAG